GUGGAAAGUUGGCUCAGACCAGACAGUCUUCCUGAAGGAACUAUAAGGGAUGCGGCUGCCAUGGUAACUGCUGAGUCAUGCUCUACUGUAUGUAGCCAACCUCUAAUUCCAUUUCGUCGUUCAGAGAGGCCCUCCAUCAUCCACGCCUGCGUUCGCAUAUUGAUCAGGCGGUGCACUCUACAGGCAUCAUUUGGGUGGUAGACUGUAUCAGAGAAUCAGAGGACACAGGCAGGCUGAACAGCAGCCAUUCGGAUGGGUAACAUACCCACCACAGUGAAGCACUGCCUGAGCUACGAGCAACUCAUCCGGGAUUACCCAUGGCUGAAGCGCUUGCUGCUGGAGGAGAAGAGCAUUGCAGCACAUGAGUAUCCAGAGUUUGUCAAAGUGGUUGAAGUUGGGCCUAGAGAUGGACUUCAAAAUGAAAAGGAAAUCGUUCCGACAGGGGUGAAAAUCCAGCUGAUAGACAUGCUCUCAGGAACAGGCCUGCCUGUGAUCGAGGCCACCAGCUUUGUCUCUUCAAAGUGGGUACCGCAGAUGGCAGACCAUACUGAUGUACUUAAAGGGAUCCAGAGAGCACCUCAUGUUCAGUAUCCAGUUUUGACUCCUAACAUGCACGGCUUCCAAGAUGCUGUUGCAGCUGGUGCUACUGAAGUGGCAGUGUUUGGCUCAGCGUCUGAGACCUUCAGCAGAAAAAAUAUCAACUGCUCUAUUGAGGAAAGCAUGCUCAGAUUUGAGGAAGUCAUUAGCGCUGCCAAAGAGCAUCAAAUUCCAGUCCGAGGGUAUGUUUCUUGUGCCCUAGGAUGUCCCCAUGAAGGAUACAUUGAACCUUCUAAAGUUGCAGAGGUGGCAAAGAGGUUAUAUGAAAUGGGCUGCUAUGAGGUGUCUCUGGGGGACACCAUCGGUGUCGGCACUCCUGGUUCAAUGGCUAAGAUGCUGCGCAGUGUGAUGGAGGACGUACCCAGCAGCGCUCUAGCAGUUCACUGCCAUGAUACCUAUGGGCAAGCACUGGCCAACAUCCUUAUUGCACUUCAGAUGGGGGUUUGUGUGGUGGAUUCUGCAGUAGCUGGCCUGGGAGGGUGCCCAUACGCUCAGGGUUCAUCUGGCAACGUCUCAACAGAGGAUGUUCUGUACAUGCUCCAUGGCAUGGGCAUUGAAACUGGGGUGGACCUUGCCAAAGUUAUAGAAGUUGGUGACUUUAUCUGCAAUGCCUUAUGUCGCAAGACAAACUCCAGGGUUGCCCAAGCAAGAGGCAGGACAUCAGGACAUGCAUUGCUGUAAAAUAAAUAUUUGACUUCUCUCCCUUGAAUAUACCUCCCCUGUUGUUGCUGCACCUAGAUUUGUGGCCUAUGCUGCUGUAUUUAAAGCGCAUUGUUCUUUGUUUACAUUUCCAAAGCAGUCAUCUGAGGUAUUCGGUCCAAAUUAUUGACUGACAUGUGAAAACUGUUGUAAGACCAAAUGAAAUACUUUGUCCUUGUACUCUAAACCAGCUCUUUCAGUUUAUGUGUACUGUGGUUCGAUUUAUUCAGCUUUUUGGAGUCUGUGAGAGUCUAAAGGGUUGUGAUCAUGCUCCAGUUGAUCAUAUCAAUACUGAUAAUAAUCUUUAUUUAUAGAGCACUUUUCAAAAUCAGCAUUACAAAGUGCUUCACAAAGGCAGCAAAAAAUAAAUUAAAAUAAAAUUAAAAUAAAAUUUUAAUAAAAUCGAUCAUCAUCAUGACUGACUCAUCCUGGUUAGUCAUGACGAUCUGGUCAGUGUCUUGCUCAACAGGGUUGUGAUAAGACAAAAACCAUCGGCUAUGGAGGUUAUAUGGGUUUGAAAAUCAGCAUUGGACUCAUUAUGUUCUCUCAAAAUGAAUUUUCAUCUCUCAAAAAUGUCAUGACUGACAGCCCACAGAUGUUCGCCCUACCAGAUAGGAUCUGAACAGCUCAGCCCUCCAAUAAAUGAAGUUACUUGUCAUUAGUCAUUUCUGUCCGGUUCUGAGGGAUAAACCCAGCAAAGGGCACCUCACUCGGGUUGCUGUGGUGAUGCCUACCUGAUAUAAGAUGGUAUCUGGAGUCAAUGGCCUUACAGACAUCUUGUUGAAAUGUUGGUUAUUAUAUUUCAAUAAAUUUUGCUUUGGAGCUAUAAGUGUGCCGCCAGUUCUUUCUCCCUGGCUGGCACCUCACCAAUCUGGCUGUGCUUUUGCUGCUUUUGUUCUUCUAAAGUAACAUGAGUGUUGUCAGGUAGCUCCUCACUGAACUCAAAACAUCAUUUCCACAGGUAUAGUAUUUAGGUAUAACUAAAACUCCAAAGGCAAAAUUUUCAAAUUAAAACUUAAGUCUGGGUUUUGAGUGUGUGUUUAUCCCUUUAGGUCAGUUAGGUCCCCAAAGGAUUUUUUUUUUUUUCGUACAAAAGGGCUUAGCCUAUAAAACACAAAAAAGAGAGAGAGAAAAAAACCCUGUCCCACAGACCAACAACAUUUCAAAGCUAUUUCUUCUAGGGAAACAUGAGCCCAGGAUUGUUUACAAUUAUUAAAGAAGUGGCUCUUGGUCUUUUUUUUUUUUUUUUUUUUUUUUUUUAACCUCGCCCUUAAUAAAGUCUAUGCAUGACAUAGCAUACUGAUUCAGAGACUGCACUGUACUCAUCUGGUACAAUGGUCAUGUACUGUGAUUGAACCGGUGUAAAAUGAUAUGCUGUUGCACU